UCCUCCACUUUAUUGCAACUCAUUUUAUCAAGGUUACCUCCUUACAUUACUACCCUCCAAAAUUCCUCAGUUUUUUUCAAGAAAAGCACAAAAAUCCAACAUGGAGUAUUACAGUGACAAUGGCUUUUUAGAAGAACUAUUAUCCCUAAGAAGUGACUCAUGGGAUACUACUACAACACCAGUUCCUAUGGAAAUGACAGAUUUUUACAACAAUGUCUACAACUUUGAAUCUUUAAACUCUGUUGAAGUUCCACUUCCUUGUGCUUCUACUACUAUAACUACUACUACUACUACCUCUAAUUCCUUUGAAGACUACUCAUAUGAUUUGCCGUUUGACCAAACUCUAAUAAAUUCUUCAUUUUAUAGCCCAUUUGGUGAUGAAUUGUCUCCUCUUGAGCUCACUGAUAAUACAUCCUCAUUCCCUAAUUCCCAUGAAGAUUUUUCCUCAAUCUUGGAAGAUGAAGUUGGGAACUGUAGUUUUCAGAAUUUGGAAAUGGGGAAUAAUGUUCCUUGUAAAUUGGAGCAAAUUCAAGUAUCUGAAGCAGCAGCAGCUCCCUGUUUUAACAUUGGUUUGUGUCCAGAGAAAAAAACAAAAUCAAAGAAAUUAGAUGGGCAGCCUUCUAAGAAUUUGAUGGCUGAGAGAAGGAGAAGGAAAAGACUCAAUGACAGACUCUCUAUGCUUAGAUCAGUAGUUCCCAAGAUUAGUAAGAUGGACAGAACCUCAAUUCUUGGAGAUACUAUUGACUACAUGAAGGAACUACUAGAGAGAAUCAAUAAUUUGCAAGAAGAAAUGGAACUUGGACCAAAUCAGCUAAGCUUGUUGAGCAUUUUCAAAGAUGUAAAACCCAAUGAAAUGCUGGUCAGAAAUUCACCUAAGUUUGAUGUGGAAAGAAGAGGUGUUGAUACAAAAGUAGAGAUUUGUUGUGCAGGGAAGCCUGGUCUUUUAUUAUCAACAGUGACCACAUUAGAGGCCUUAGGCCUAGAUAUUCAACAGUGUGUAAUCAGCUCCUUUAGUGAUUUUACAAUGCAAGCUUCUUGUUCUGAGGAAAUGGAGCAGAGAGGAGUUGUGAAUUCAGAAGACAUAAAGCAAGCAUUAUUCAGAAAUGCUGGAUAUGGAGGAAGGUGUCUUUAGGCCAUGUGGACUAAAUCUAGAGGAAAGAAGGAAAAGAAAAGUUUGGAUGUUAUUUUUGUUACUUGGUAGAUUCUUUGUAUCUGUGCAUUUUGUCAAGUUAGGAGCUUUUUUUUCCUCAAGUGAGAGGUUGUAGUGGAUUUUUGUGAUUUUUGUCAUCCAAAAUAAGUGGCUUCUAUUAAUUCAAACUAAUUGGGUUUUCCUUUUA